AUCCAUGGUGAUGAUGGACGAGGAAGAGGGGCCCACCAAUCCGCUUUAGUAGAGAGAAAGAAAGAUAGGAAGAUUUAUUAUUAUUAUUCAAUUAAUUUCCCAGGGUUUCUCUCAUCUUUGCUUGCUUGUGCUCUUCAUCCUCCUCCUCAGUCCUUAAACCCAAAAGAAAGGCGGUGAACGUCAAUUCACCAUUUUGCCUAUAAAAGCCCCCAACUCCCCAAAAGAGAAGUUACACCCACACCCACAUCCAUUCCUUUUUUUCCCUGUAGAUCAUUUUAAUCCAUACACCUGUCCCAAACCAGCAUCAAAUGACCCUUAGUAGUAGUCCUCUGGAGGAACCCGGAGAAGCCGAAAAGAUACCGACUGAAAACGACGGGAUGAUGAUAACGAUGACCGGGUUGAUGAACCAGUACUGGAUGAAGUGGAUGAUUAUGAGUGAGCCGGAGGAAUUAGACGCCGCCGAUAUCUUGAUCCAACUCAGCGGCUCCGUUUCUCAUUCGGGCCGUUCCGCAAUUGACUCCCCCGGACCCGCCGGAAGCAGCAGCAGCUGCAAUAAAGGAGACGCUGAUAAUAAUAGUAUUAAGAAGUUGGCGAAGCUUUCGAGAGAUGAUGAUGAGGAGGAGGAAAGCUUCUGUGCUACUGCGGUGGCUGGUGGUGGUGGUCGGGAAGUACGGCUGCCGCUGUCCUCCUCCUCCUCGUUUUUCCGGCCGGCCGAGUUACAAAAGCGGGAUCUUGUCGAUGCUGAUGAUGAUGAAUCGGUAGAAAUGGGUUGUGGAGAAAUUGAAGGGUACCCUUUGAGGAGAAAGAGGAAGUUCCGAUCCAUUCUCGAUCUGUACGCUCGUACCCACCCUUCUCCGGUCACCAAGAAAUCCAAAACCCAGCCACUACCCCGACGGUCGACAAUCCAAUAAUUCCGACUCGGCACGUACGUUUUUUUCUUUCCGGUUUUAGCUAGUGUUAGUUUUUUCAAUUUUGCAUCACAUCGAGAGAAAUGGUUUUUUUUUUUUUUUUUGGCUUAUUGUAAAUAUACUCUCUUAUAUUUAUAAAUAGCAUAGUAAUAAUAUUAGUGUAUGCAAAAUAUUUUUCUAAUUCCCUUUUAAACUGUGUUGAAAUUUCUGUCUCAGUCGAUAUAUAUUAUUAUCCUUCAACUUCAAGAGCAAGUUUUUGAGUAGAGAAGAACACGUACGUAAUUGCCGUCAGUUAAAGUAUUUUGCUUACGUUUCACGGCGACUCUGCACACACGAUUGCUUUACGUUUUUAAUUUCAC